CAGAUUGUAGAUGAAGGAAGUCUUCUCAAUAUCGUCCAAAACUAAUGGAUUUUCACCCGUUCACCUAGCUUGGCAAAGCAAACAGGGUUCCUAUUUAGCGGUUGGUAGUAUACACCGGACAGUUAACAUAUAUGACAGACACGGUGAGCUGGUAGAUGAUAUCUCACUGCCAGGAUCUUGUACCGGAUUGAAGUGGGAUGCUGAGGGAAACACACUCGCUAUCAUUCAGGAUAAAUCAGGAGUUAUUUAUCUGUGGGAUGCCAACACUCGCACACAGCGUCCACUAGACAGUGGGCUACGGGACAAUCUGUCGUUCGUGUGUUGGAGCCCUCACGCUCCCCUUCUGGCUAUUGGAACUAAAGGAAAUCUGCUCAUUUACAACCAUUCUUCUGGUAGGAAGGUACCGGUGCUAGGGAAGCACAGUAAGCGUAUAAUAUGCGGUGCGUGGAACUCUCAGAAUGUUCUAGCACUUGGAUCUGAAGACCGAAUGUUGACUUGCAGUUCGGUUGAAGGAGACACGAUUAGAUCUGCGAAUUUAAGAUACGAUCCGGAGUUGGCUAUCUUCUCUGAGAUGAAAUCAAAUGCUGCUUCCUCUCGUGGCACCGCUGCUCUGAACGACAGUACCGUCAGUUUUGUAGUGGGCCGUAAAACUCUCUUCCUUUUCAACCUGGACGAUCCAGAGAAUCCAAUAGAACUAGCAUUCCAGGGUCGCUACGGUAACAUAGUGGGGUACCGGUGGUUUGGAGACGGUUACAUGCUCAUUGGGUUUACUAACGGGUUCCUCAUUGUCAUCAGCACACAUCCUAAGGAGAUAGGACAGGAACUGUUCCAGUCUAAAACUCACAGAGACGUAUUGAAUGAUAUCUCGAUAUCUUUCACGUUGAGCAAGGCAGCUAGUAUCGGUGAUAACUGUGUGAAACUGUACGAUCUGAAGGAUCUACAGGACACAUACGCUAUUAUAAACCUGGAGGUGGAAUCAGGGAGUCUUCAUAAGCUGGAGUGGUCAGGGGACGGCCAGCUGCUUUCUGUAGCUACCAACAAGGGAGAAGUGUUUACUUAUCUGACCCGUCUUCCAGUGCUCGGGGAUACUUACCGUACCUCUUGCGCGUACCUCACCUCUCUCUUGGAGGUCACUGUCAUUGACUUGACCCGUCCCGACCAACCCACCGCCUUCAGUGUGGUGACUGAACCGGUGUUCAUUGCUCUGGGGCAGCAUCAUUUCUCUGUGGGUAUGAACAACAGAGUGUGGAUCUACAGUCUGACAGAGAACAAGAGCUCUGAACCACUGUUGGAGCGGGAGUACUUGGGAACUGUCGCUGAAAUGUACAUGAACGCUGACUACGCUGCAGUGUUGUUCGAGAAGAAGAUCCAGCUCCACAUGAUAGAGGGAGACAGUGAUAAUGAUAGAGACAGCAGACUCUUCCCUGAUAAAGAUACUGAUAUUGAUGAUGACAUCACAUGCUGUUCACUCACAAACGAGUUCCUAAUCUUCGGCACUCAGCGAGGAAAUAUACACUACUUCUUCAUUGAAGACUGGAAGUUUGUCAACGAGUAUAGGCACACAUGCACCAUCUCCAAGAUGUUCCCAGAUCAUUCUGGAACCAAACUGGUAUUCCUGGACGAAAAGAUGGAUGGUUACAGCUACAACCCAGUCAACGACGAGCUGUUCAAACUGCCCGACCUUCCAACCAGAGUAACCGGUGUUAUCUGGGAUUCCUUUCAGAACGAUGGUCACGUGUUUGUAGUAUUUAACGAGGAAGUGGUAGUAACGUACACUUUACACAGAGAUAUAGUGACUGGAGAACAGGUGCAGUGUACAGGGGAGACAAAGUUACCGUACGGAUAUCGCCCUCUCAUCAUGUACGCUGGAGAGCUCAAGUGUCAGACUCAGUCAGGAAAACUGGUCAACCUAGCUCUUACUUCACACGCGUACUUUAGCAAUCUUAACGAUCUGACUCCCGAGGAGAUAUACAUCUACCAGUCACAGUUGAUAGACGCGUUUCACAACGCUUGCAUGCUAAAACGGUACAACGAGGCCUGGAAACUUGCUGAGCUUCUGAACCACACGGAGCAUUGGUUGCACUUGGGUAAAACCCUUCUUAACCACCUGGAAGUCCAGCUAGCGAUGAGGGUGUACCGCCGUAUCGGCGAUGCUGCCAUCGUGCUAUCUCUACAAGAGUUACAGCACGUUGAGGACAGGAAACUAGUUGCAGGUCACAUGGCAUUGCUUUGUGAUCAGUUUGAUUAUAGUCAGCAGCUGUUUUUGGAGUCCAGCCAGCCUCUGAAGGCUCUGGAAAUGAGACGCGAUCUUUUACAGUGGAAUCAAGCACUCCAGCUGGCCAAGUCCCUGGCCCCUGAACAGAUACCAUUUGUUUCUAAAGAGUACGCUCAACAGCUUGAGUUUACUGGAGACUGGGCCAAUGCUCUUAUACACUACGAGAAAGGAAUAACAAAGUUGCACGAAGAACAUGAUAACACGUGCAAGGGAGGUAUCGCGCGCAUGUCCAUCAGAAUGGGCGACAUCAGGCGUGGCGUGAACCUGGCUCUGGAACUGACUAACAGAUUACUGUGUAAGGAGUGUGCUACUAUAUUGGAGGCUAUAAAACAGUUCCCUGAGGCUGCAAUGCUCUAUGAGAAGGGUAACAGCUACGACAAGGCAGCUCAAGUGUACAUGAAGGCUAGAAACUGGAGUAAGGUUGCUGAAAUACUGCCCCAUAUUACCUCUCCUAAAAUAUACAUUCAGUAUGCUAAGAAUAGAGAACACGAGGGUAAAUUUAAGGAGGCAGCUAAUGCGUACGAGGCGGGUAAAGAUUAUGAUAGUGUCAUCAGGAUCAACUUGGAUCAUUUGAAGAAUCCUAAGGAAGCUGUAAGGAUAGUUCAGGAGACCCAGUCUGUUGAGGGAGCUAGAGUUGUGGCCAAGUUUUUCCAGAAUCUGGGAGAUUAUGCGUCAGCGAUUCAGUUCCUGGUGGUUUCCAAGUGUAACGCUGAGGCGUUCACACUCGCUGAGGAGCACAAUCAGAUGGCUCAGUACGCUGAUAUUAUCGGGGACGACGCCACACCGGAGGACUAUACAGCUAUAGCAAAGCACUACGAGUCUCAGGGAAAACCACUGCAGUGUGGCAACUUCUUCUUUAAAGCAGGAGACUAUGCCAAGGCACUUCACUAUCUUAUCCGAGUACCGCCUAAUGACGUAGAUGCAGCUCUGGAUAUUGCGAUUGAAGCUGUUGGAAAAGCACACAAGGACUCCCUCACUCACCAACUCAUUGAUUAUUUAAUGGGUGAGAUUGAUGGGGUUCCUAAAGCAGCCAGGUACCUGUUUAAUCUGUACAUGUCUCUGAAACAAUACCGUGAAGCUGCCCGCACAGCUAUUAUUAUCGCUAAAGAGGAUCAGGCUUCUGGUAGUUACCGGACCGCUCAUGAUGUUCUCUUCGAAAUGUACCAGAAUUUGUUGAAACACAAGAUAAAGAUACCGAACGAAAUGGUGCACAACCUCAUGUUACUGCACAGUUACAUCCUGGUUAAACUUCAUGUAAAGAAGGGAGAUCACAUGAAGGCUGCUAGAAUGCUGAUCAGGGUUGCUAGCAAUAUCAGUAAGUUCCCCUCCCACAUAGCGCAGAUCCUAACCUCGACGGUAGUGGAAUGCUACAGGUCAGGGUUACGUGCCAGUGCGUUCAGUUACGCGGCCAUGUUACUGCGUCCUGAGUACCGGUCUCAGAUAGACCCAAAGUGGAAGAAAAAGAUUGAACAGAUAGUCAGAAAACCUGACAAAACGGAGGAGGAGGAACCAACAGACCCAUGUCCCCAAUGUGGAACCCUCCUACCCCAAACCACCCUGGAAUGUGGAGAAUGUAAGAACACCCUGCCUUACUGUAUCAUAACCGGACGUCACAUGUUAAAAGAGGACUGGUGCGAGUGUCCUCACUGCUCCUGGCCUGCCCUUUACUCUGUCUUUGUAGAGUACGUGGCUGAUGGAGGGACUGCUUGUCCGAUUUGUAGUGUGGUGGUGAAUCCUCAGGAGUUGAGUUUGGUAGCGGAGCCUAACUUGUAUGCUAAGCUUGGGGAGGCAGCUGCUGAGGGGUAGCAGUGGUGAGCUGUUAUUAUUGAGGUGUUAUUGAGGUGUUAUUGAGGUGUUAUUGAGGUGUUAUUGAGGUGUUAUUGAGGUGUUAUUGAGGUGUUUUUAUGGUGUUAACCGGUGUUGUUAUAGUAUGGGAAGGUGAGAGAACGGUCAGACUUAUAUUGCUAGAGGAUAUGCAUUAUGCACCCUACUGGAUAGGGCAAUUUUAUAUCACCAUGUAAGAUAAUGUGUAUACUGUAUACUUAAACAAUUUAACUUAUUUGCUGGUCAAAUUAUAUUUUGGCGCUGGUUGCUUUAUCGAAUUUUUGUUGCUAAUAAUUGCUAUCAGUUAAUACGAGGAGUUUGUUAUAGAACGUGGACCGAAACGUUGGUUUUUGAGUCAGAUAGUUUUUAUGGUGUCACAGAUUUUUAUUUGUACAAAAUCUAUGUAAAUAAAUUUCAGAUCUUCGUCAAUAUGUAGAGUAUUACAUGUAUUAUGUUUCAUAAAGUGUUGUUUGUUAUUUAUAAGUUUAUCGCUAUUUAAAACUUCCAUUAUUGACAGUCA